UUCAUUUGCACAAGUUCUUCAUCACAAGCUGCUGUUGAAGAGGGUAGCCACGAGCAAAGAAGCCGGCCGCGCAGCUAGUUGCGAGCGAGUUUGAGCCUUGCGGCUGCGACCGAGAGAGCUAGGACGAUGGCGUCUCUGCAGCUGGGCGAGUACACCGGCGGCAGCAGCCGGAGGAGGGUCGUCCAUGCCAGCAGGAGCGGCGGCCGGUCGGCGGCGGCUGUGAAGCAGCUGCUGUCGAGGCUGAGGUCCACGUGGAGUCGAAGGCGCGCGGCGCGCCCGAGGCGGGCCGCGGCGAGCUUCGGCUACGACCUGCACAGCUACUCCCAGAACUUCGACGACGGCCUUGCCUCCUCCGGCCGCCGCCGCUUGUAGCAAGCUUUUUCUGUAACCAAGCCAUGCUUCUCACCGGGAGGGUAGUAGAGUUCUAGCUAGUGUGUAGGUGGUAGCUGAUUUCCCGGUUAUUAUGAUUAUUAGGGGAAUCGGCUUAGCUAGCUAGCUCCGCUCGUGCAGUCUUUGUACAGGAUUCACUCGCUUCUUGCGUGUAGUCAGAUAUAUACACACACACUCCAUAUAUUAUUUCAAGCUUCCAACAGCCGAAUCAUUCUGAUUCCAAGCUUCCAUA